AUGGAAAAGGAAGACGAAGACUACCUCUUCACCCUCGCGCAAGACGCCGACUCCUACCUCAACUCCUGGAACUCCCUCCCGACCCCACCCGGCACGGCGCAAGCAAAGUCAAUGUACGAAGAAAUGUCCAAAGCGCUGCUGAACGCCGUCGUGUGCUUGCCGGCAUCAACCAAGCCCGAGGCGGACGGGACUACUGCACUCGCCAAACCUACGCCGAUAGGCACGGUAAUCCUGGGCAGCCGCGACGCCAUGCGAGCAAACAACCGCGCCGGCUUCCUGGGCAUCACGAUCGAGGACCAGUACCAAGGGCAGGGUUACGGAUCGGAAGUGAUCAACUGGGUGCUGGAUUUCGGCUUCCGGUAUAUGAAUUUGCACCGCGUGGAGCUGCAGACGUUUGGGAGUAAUUUGGGCGCCAUUCGCCUUUAUGAGCGGUUGGGGUUCGUGCAUGAGGGCCGGAGGCGGGAGACGACGUUUCGCGAGGGCGAGUAUGUGGAUUCGGUGGUGAUGGGGAUUUUGGAGGGGGAGUGGAGGCGGUCGAGGGGAAUUAGCUGA